GUCGUUAACCCCGACUGUGUGUGUCUGCGCGUGGCCGCGGCUGGUUAAACACAGUGUGGAGAUAUAAUGGCGCUGCCGAGGCCUCUGCUGCUGGAGCUGCUGUUAUACGCCAGCUGUUUUAUCUGCGGGAUCAUCACAGCUGCCUCAGUUACGAUCUCACAGGGCAGUUUUGAUGGGAAGUGCAUGCUGUAUGGUUUAGUGCAUCUGAACUCCUCAUCCAUCGACGUGGUUUCAUCCAGUUCUCCUUCUCUUUGUUACUUUGUGUCAGCCAUCUCGGUGUGUGUGGCCAUCUUCUGUUUUUCACUCACUCUCUACUGGACCUACAUGGCAUUUGUUGACGGAGAGGUGAAAAGAGAGAAAUUGUGGAUGAAUGUUACUCUUGGCUUUUCUGGAGUCUUCCUCUUCUUCCUCUUGGUGACGGGAUGCAUCCUGAAAAUCGGCCGAGACACACUGUGUGACUCAGUGAUUCGCGAAGUGAAAAAUAUAACCAAGUGUGAAGAAGCACAAAAUAAGAUUUGGAAGAGCCCUAUAAAUGGGAGUCAGUUCUUCUCCAGACUACACAGCGCGGAGACGGCAGUAUGGGUGAAUUUCUUCCUUUGGUUGAUCAUAGCAGUGCUGAUCCUGAUCCAGCGUAACAAAGGGUCAGAAAUUCGGUCAGAAGGAGAGGACCCGUCAGCGACCCCUUCUGAAACGGAGCCCUUUUUCAACCGCCCAGGACGUUCUUAGUGAACAGAGACACAGCUAAUCUAUGUCUCUCCACACUAAAGCAGUCUAUGUGCCGCUUGAACACACACACACUCACACGUACAUACGCUCGCGUUGACAAUCACGCUGCUGGCUAGCAGUUGGCUAGCUGAGCCGAGAGGAUUUUGGCAGCUGCAGUAUACGGUCUUGAUUUUGUUCACUAGCAUUGCCAAGGGUUAGUUGCCAUGGUUACUGAUCUGUGGCUGGCAGCACAGACCUGGCAGGUGAUAGUGUGCGGUUGCCAGAUUGGUGGUGUGACCUGAACUGAUUGAGACACAGCUUUAUGUAAAGAGAUCAAAUCUGACAACAUUGUCGGUGUUUUCAUAAGCUGCAAAACGUUAUCGAAAAAUUUGAAUAAACCUUGAAGAGGUCACACUCAACCCUUCAGAAAAGGCUAUAAAAUAUUUUUACACAAUGGCUCUCUGGCUUAAACAUUUCAUGAGUACAUAUGUUAAUUCAAAGACUUUUAUAGGGUAACCAUUACGUUUAACUUGACUGACCUGGAGUCAAACCAAGUUAACCACUGUACUGUAACUUUUAACUUAAGCCUGCUCUUUGUUAAUGUACAACAUUUUCGCCCUCUGCUGUCUGUUUUUAUGAAUUACUCCAUAAAUUCCCAUUAGACUGUGCACGUGAUGUGUGCCUAUUUUGUGGGCCAGGAAUCUCCCAUAAGUGUUUUUUCCCCCCCAAUUUCACAUUUCUCCUACUCCUAGUCCUUGGCGUCCUUAACAUGAGCAAAACUGCUUGAGAGUGUCUUUCUGAGAGUGUUUGGCUAUUAAUCUUGUGCCCAGUAGAGAUGUCAUUUUUUAAUGGCUUUUUCCUGCACACAGCCACGGGAGGUAGCAGAGUGUGUGUGUUGGGGAUGACAGGGACAUAAAUCCAUAAUUUGGCCUGUGAUGGUAUCCGCUUUCCAUAGGCGAAGAGCCAAACCCGAGGUGCUGCCCACAGCACUAAAGUCCUCAGAAACGCAGUGUCCUUCCGCCCAUUCCAGCAACACAGUGUCCAGGUCCAGUGUCCACGAAACGCUCUAUCAUCGAAUCACUUCACCUCCUCUUUUGGUGCAACUUUUUGUACAUUUUCAAUUAACUUGCUACUAUCGUUUUAGAACUGCUGGUUAUGGAUUAUGCACUGAUGUGUUUUAUGAAUACUAAAUCUGUUGUAUAACCACCUAUGUCAAGAGUUUAUGGGCGUGUGAACAUUUCGAAAUAAAUUGGUCCGCCAAUGG